CCCGUAAGUUAGAUUAUUUUUUACUUUCCGAGGAAGCGCUAUUGACGUACAGUAUAAUGCUUUACAAAGAGUCUCGUCCGUUGAAUGACGAAAUUCGAAUUUGCUUUGCUGGCUGGAUCACCGUAAUUUAUACGCCUGUUGGGGGGGUUGCUGUAGGUGCUACAAUUAUGAUUCAAUGGAAUUACACAACUGUACCAACCCGACUAGGGAUACUGAACAUCGUCAGCAAUACAACUUCUAGAAUGACUUUGAUAAACGAUAAUUUGGAUCUGACUCCUAGAGAAUAUAGUUGGAUCGUGAAUGUUCCCCCUGGCAUCUAUUACUUUACUCUUAAUGACGGCUCUGGUAAUCAAUAUUCUGGAGAAUUUUCCGUUUACGUCCCCGGAGGAACCACACCUGUUCUAUCAACUUCAGCCACCAGAACAGUUUCCAGUAGUAGAGCGUUGUCGAUAACAUCUAAUUCUGCCUCAUUAACUGUUCAAAUAACAGUUCAAACGACAAAUGUUCCAACCAAAACAAAAUCUCAAACCACAAGAUCUGGUAGUGCGUCUACUGCUACUAUAGCAAGUAUCCCCGGAUUUAACCCAUUGUUCUACUUAUUUUUGGUGGCUGCAGCCAUGGUUAAAUUUGCUUAG